AUGAGGUGCUGCGACGAGUCUGUGCCACCGCUGCGUUACGUCUGCAAGAAAACAUGCGGGGAAUGUCUCCGGAGUCCUCCCCAGAAUGAAGAGAAGAGGAACCUUUCCCUGGGGGGCCAUGUGGGCUUUGACAGUCUCCCCGAUCAGCUGGUCAGCAAGUCUGUCACACAAGGCUUCAGCUUCAACAUCCUCUGCGUGGGUGAGACCGGCAUUGGGAAAUCCACGCUGAUGAACACCCUCUUCAAUACCACGUUUGAGACGGAGGAAGCCAGUCACUACGAGAGCGCAGUUCGCUUGCGGCCACGGACCUAUGAUCUGCAGGAGAGCAACGUCCACCUAAAGCUAACGAUCGUGGACGCGGUUGGAUUUGGGGACCAGAUAAAUAAAGACGAAAGGCCGAUAGUUGAGUACAUUGAUACGCAGUUUGAAAACUAUUUGCAAGAAGAGCUGAAAAUCCGCCGAUCUCUCUUCAACUAUCAUGACACGAGGAUCCACGUCUGCCUGUACUUCAUCACCCCAACCGGACACUCGCUCAAGUCCUUGGACCUGGUGACAAUGAAGAAGUUGGAUAGCAAG